UCGGUCGCCAGAUUAUGGUUCGACAGGAGCGGAGUGAGGUGGCAGGGACUGGCAGCAGUUGACUCCGAUAUAAUAAGAGCUGGCUGUUUAGCUGUGUCAUUUUUUUGGCCUGGACACGAUCCUUCAAGAAGGUGUGAUUGUCACUGACAAGAGUGAGCUAGCUAAAGUUGUUGUCAGGCUUGCCUGGCUGGCUGGUUCAGGAGUGGGUGUGGUGGCUGCUACAGGAGCUUCAUUCAUAGGAUAAGUGAUGCUAACCCCUGAGUUCGUCUGACAGCAGCUGUGUCUGAAGCAGCACCCAACCCCCCUUGGUUGCCACUCUAACAGCUGCCAUCAGGUCCAGCUUCUUCAUCCCACAAGCCUGGACAGCACAACUAAUUGCACGGCAAGGUCCUGCUCUAUCCAGCGCUGCCAUGUCGGCAAAGGCCAUCUCAGAGCAGACAGGGAAAGAGCUGUUGUAUAAGAACAUCUGCACCUCGGCGGCCGUGCAGAACCGUUUCCAUUAUGCUAGUGUAACAGCUGAGACUGACUGGGCCCGCCUCACACAGGACCAUUCAUGGCUGCUGACAGAGAGGCUGGUGGUGAAGCCAGAUCAACUGAUAAAGCGGCGCGGGAAGCUCGGCCUAGUGGGCAUCAACAUGGACCUGCAGGGCGUCCGGGAGUGGCUCAAAGACCACCUAAUGAAGGAGACAACUGUGGGAAAGGCAAAGGGUGUGCUGAGGAACUUCCUCAUUGAGCCAUUUGUCCCACACACACAGGAGGAAGAGUUUUAUGUAUGCAUCUAUGCCACACGUGAGGGCGACCACGUGCUUUUCCACCACGAGGGAGGAGUGGAGGUGGGUGACGUGGAUGCCAAGGCCCAGAAGCUGAUGGUUCCAGUGGAUGGCAAGCUCACUGAGGACCUAGUCAAAGAGCAGCUGCUUACACAAGUUCCCGAUGACAAGAAGGAUGUUUUGGCCAGUUUUAUAGUCGGCCUCUUCAACUUGUAUGAGGACCUCUACUUUACCUACCUUGAAAUCAACCCUCUUGUCGUCAAUCAAGACGGAGUAUAUGUCCUUGACAUGGCAGCCAAGAUUGAUUGCACAGCGGAUUAUAUCUGCAAGGCUAAAUGGGGGGACCUUGAGUUUCCUCCACCCUUUGGCAGAGAGGCGUACCCUGAGGAGGCCUACAUAGCUGAUCUGGAUGCAAAGAGUGGUGCAAGUCUGAAGCUGACCCUGCUGAAUCCCCGAGGCAGGAUCUGGACCAUGGUGGCCGGAGGAGGUGCUUCUGUUGUCUACAGCGACACCAUCUGCGAUCUGGGUGGGGUGGACGAGCUGGCUAAUUAUGGCGAGUACUCAGGCGCACCCAGUGAACAGCAGACCUACGACUACGCAAAAACCAUCUUGUCUCUCAUGACACGUGAAAAACAUUCUCUAGGGAAAGUGCUGAUCAUUGGAGGAAGCAUUGCAAACUUCACCAACGUAGCAGCCACAUUCAAGGGCAUUGUGAGGGCCAUUAAAGAUUACCAAGGCCCUCUGAAGGAACACGAGGUCACCAUUUUUGUUCGACGUGGUGGUCCGAACUACCAAGAGGGACUCAGGGUGAUGGGGGAAGUAGGAAAGACCACAGGGAUCCCCAUUCAUGUGUUUGGAACUGAAACCCAUAUGACUGCCAUUGUUGGGAUGGCAUUGGGCCACCGACCAAUCCCUAACCAGCCUCCGAUGGACGCCCAUACAGCCAACUUUCUCCUCAAUGCUAGCAACAGUGCAGCGACUCCAGCUACAACAAGGACUGCUUCAUUCUCCGAGCCCAAGUCGCCCACUGAUACCUGCCCGGCCAAGAAGUCUAAAGCAGGGCUUCCAACAGACUCACUCCAUUCUAUACUGUGGCCUCUGAAGAAUGUGGUCACAGGCGAUUGGAAAGAAGCUCAAGCCUCUUCAGGCUGCAGCGGAGCUAAAGCAACCACUCUCUUCAGAAAAAACACCAAGACCAUUGUUUGGGGCAUGCAGACACGCGCCGUGCAAGGCAUGCUGGACUUUGACUACGUAUGCUCCCGGGAAGAACCCUCUGUGGCAGCCAUGGUCUACCCCUUCACCGGAGAUCACAAGCAGAAGUUUUACUGGGGCCACAAAGAGAUCCUGCUGCCGGUCUAUAAGAACAUGGCCGAUGCCAUGAAGAAGCACCCCGAGGUAGAUGUCCUGAUCAGCUUUGCUUCGCUGCGCUCUGCCUUUGACAGCACAAUGGAAGCCAUGCAGUACCCACAGAUUCACACCAUCGCCAUCAUAGCCGAGGGCAUCCCCGAAGCUCUGACUAGGAAGGUGAUAAAGAUGGCCGACGAGAAAGGAGUCACCAUCAUUGGCCCUGCCACGGUUGGUGGCAUCAAGCCAGGCUGUUUUAAGAUUGGCAACACAGGCGGUAUGCUGGACAACAUCCUGGCUUCUAAACUUUACCGUCCCGGAAGUGUGGCAUAUGUGUCGCGCUCUGGGGGUAUGUCCAACGAGCUGAACAACAUCAUCUCACGCACUACAGACGGCGUCUAUGAAGGGGUGGCCAUCGGAGGAGACAGAUAUCCAGGCUCGACCUUCAUGCACCACGUCCUACGUUAUCAGGACACUCCAGGAAUUAAGAUGAUUGUUGUACUGGGAGAGAUUGGUGGAACAGAGGAGUACAAGAUCUGCCAGGGCAUCAAGGAAGGCAGGAUAACAAAACCUGUGGUCUGCUGGUGCAUUGGAACCUGCGCCACCAUGUUUGCCUCAGAGGUUCAGUUUGGCCAUGCAGGAGCUUGUGCCAACCAGGCUUCAGAGACCGCGGUGGCCAAGAACCAGGCUCUGAGGGAUGCUGGAGCUUAUGUACCAAAGAGCUUUGAUGAGCUGGGUGACGUCAUCAAGACUGUGUAUGAUGAGUUAGUGGCCAAUGGUACCAUCGUUCCUGCCCAGGAGGUUCCUCCCCCAACAGUACCUAUGGAUUAUUCCUGGGCCCGGGAGUUGGGCCUGAUUCGUAAGCCAGCCUCAUUCAUGACAAGCAUCUGUGAUGAGCGAGGCCAGGAGCUCAUCUAUGCUGGCAUGUCCAUCACUGAGGUCUUCAGAGAAGAGAUUGGUAUAGGAGGAGUGCUAGGAUUGCUCUGGUUCCAGCGCAGGUUACCACGCUACGCCUGCCAGUUCAUUGAAAUGUGCCUGAUGGUGACUGCUGAUCAUGGGCCUGCAGUCUCCGGCGCUCACAACACGAUUGUCUGUGCUCGUGCGGGCAAAGACCUUAUCUCAAGCCUCACAUCCGGCCUGCUCACCAUCGGGGACCGUUUCGGAGGUGCUCUGGAUGCGGCUGCAAAGCAGUUCAGCAAGGCAUUUGACAGCGGCAUGAUCCCCAUGGAGUUUGUCAACAAGAUGAAGAAGGAUGGCAAGCUGAUUAUGGGUAUCGGCCACAGGGUCAAAUCGAUCAACAACCCAGACAUGCGAGUGCAGAUUCUGAAGGACUUUGUGAAGCAGAAUUUCCCUUCCACCCAGCUGCUUGACUACGCCCUCGAUGUAGAAAAGAUCACCACCUCUAAGGUAUUUUAAACAGUGAAAUGAUGAAAUGAAAUGGCAACAGAAAGCUGCUACAUCUAAAGAACCUGAUGACUGCAUUGACAUUCAGGAUUCAGAGAUUGGGCUUUGCUGUCAAAUAAUUUGGUUAAACACUUUGAACAGAAGAUUUUUCAUUUAUUUUUACAGCAGGCAAGCAAUUAUUCUCAGUUUUCCGCACAGGUGACCACACCUGCAGAUUCCUUGAUUGACAGUGGAAUGUAACCAGAACGAAGACCUGGAUUUUAUAGUCCUAUAAAUAAUAUUAAACAUUAAUCAGGCUUUUUAAUCUCAUUUAACACUUUUUGUUCUAAUUUGUGCU